AUGGUAGCAGUGAUUCGGGAUCACAUCCUUGCAGCACAGAGCCGCCAGAAGAGUUAUGCACACCAGAGGCGACGACCAUUAGAGUUCCGGGUUAUGGAGUAUGUAUUAUUAAAAGUGUCGCCUAUGAAGGAAGUUCAGCAAUUUGGGAGACAGGAAAAGCUAGACUCGGGGUAUAUUGGUCCGUUCAGGAUUAUUGAGCACAUUGGAGCCAUUUUGUAUCGGCUAGACCUUCUAGCAUCGAUGUCGAGUAUACACGAUGUUUUUCAUGUUUCGAUACUUAAUAAGCAUUUAUGCGAUGAGGAGCAGCAGCAAGUGUUAGACGCACUAGAGUUUGAGGUUCAUGAUGAUUUGACUACGAUAGAGAUUCAUGUUUGUAUUCUUGCUAAUUAA